AGUCCACUGGUCAGCGGUAUUUCGUUUAUUGGCUCUACUAAUAUAGGCAAACACCUCUUUCGUCAGGCGGCCGGCGCGUUGAAACGUGUCUUGUUGGAGCUUGGCGGCAAUGCACCAUUCAUAGUCUUUGAAUCAGGUGAUAUAGCUGAAGCGGUUGAGGGCGCAAUUAUUUCCAAGUUUCGAAACUCCGGCCAGACGUGUGUCUCUUCGAAUCGGUUCUACAUGCAAGCCUGCCUCUAUGACACGUUCGUGGCACAACUGAAAGCCGAAGUGGAGGCGCUCAAAAUCGGUGCCGGCCACGAAGAGGGUAUGCGAAUUGGUCCGCUAAUCAAUGCGGCGCAGCUUAAGCGAGUUGAGGCGUUUAUGAAGGAUGCACGCCAGCGAAAUGCGAAGGUUUUGUGCGAUGGCAAACGUUUGAAAGAUAAGGGCCCACUUUUCAAUGCACCUGACAUCAUUACCGAUUACUAUAAUUAUGCUGGCAAGUUCGAGACGGAGGACGAUGUUGUGUGUCGGGUAAAUAAAACGCUGCAUGGCUUGGCGGCCUACUUUUACAGCCAGAACGUACAGCAAGUAUUUAGGGUUGCGCGACGACUCGAAGUCGGCAUGGUAGGUGUGAAUGUAGGGCUGAUGUCGCAAGCGGAAGCGCCAUUCGGGGGCAUUAAGGAGUCGAGUAUUGGACGUGAUGGUAGUCACCAUGACAUCGAUGAGUUCACGGAGUGGGAAUAUAUUUGCUUGGGUGGAUUGAAGUACAACGAGCACGACUGAGCGAAUGUUGGGAAAAAGCGAUUCAUUUUGAAAAAAAAAUAUAUAUAUGGAAGACAAAAAAUA